GAUGGUAGGUAAUUAAGUAUAGCCUACGCCUGCAAAGUAAACAAAAUGAAAAUAUUGGUGUUUUAUGUUUGGUUUCACUUUUGUUGGAGCUGUUUUGCAAAAUUAGAUACAGAAUGGUGGACACAUACGAUAAUUUACGAAAUGAUUCCGCAUACUUUCAAAGACAGCGAUGGGGAUGGAAUUGGUGACUUUAAAGGAAUCACAUCAAAACUUGAUCACUUCGUUGACUUGGACAUAGAAACGAUCCAUCUGACACCGAUGUUUGAAACGACAGCGAGGGACAUGGGCUAUGACAUCACAAAUUACUAUGAAGUUGAUCAUAGGCUUGGCACAAUGAGUGAUUUGGAAGAACUCAUCACCGAAAUGAAUAAAAGAAAUAUGAAGUUGCUGCUAGAUUUGGUAAUCAAUCAUAGCAGCCAUAAACACGACUGGUUCCAAAAAUCCAUCGAUCGGAUCGAUCCAUACACUGAUUUUUACGUGUGGAAAGAUUCCAAAGGCUUUGAUAACGAAACUAACAAAGAAAUACCACCAAAUAAGUGGGUUGGUCUCUUUUUAGGUUUGCCGGGUUCUGGUUGGGAAUGGAAUGAAAAAAGAAAACAAUUUUAUUUUCAUCAGUUCCUAGCAGAACAACCUGAUUUUGACCUGAGGAAUGAAAUUUUGAAGAAAGAAUUAUGGAAAAUAAUUGAGUUUUGGCUCAACAAAGGCGUAGCUGGAUUCAGACUUGAUGCUACUCCAUUUUUCUUUGAAGAUAAAGAAUUUAGAGAUGAUGAUUAUAUGCGCCAGUAUGACCAACCUGAAAUUUUCGAAUUUAUACAUGAAUUCCGGACGUAUUUGGACAAAUAUAAUCAGGAGCACGGUGGUUUUGAAAGGAUUUUCAUUGCCGAAGCACAUUCCGACGAUGACACUGUAAUCGAAUACUACGACAGAGAGGAUUAUCCAAUAACACAUUUCCCCUAUAUGUUUCAACUCGAAUAUUUCGAAGGGUUUCUUAGAGCAAGAACUUUGGCUUAUUACCUUUCCUCUUGGAUGAUGAUACUACCAAAAGGAAAGAUAUCAGCUUGGAUGGCAUGUAUUUGGAAUUAAUAUUGCAACUUAUUUUUUCAACUUCUGUGACGUAAAUACGUACCUUUACGUACAAUGUACGAGUAUCUAAAGUUUUAUAACACAAAGACUUAUUCUCACUUGAUUUAAAUAUGUAAGAACCAUGGGAUUGAAAAAAUGACCAUUUUGUAAAAGUUUUCCUUUAAGUAUAAGAUAAACUCACUAUAAGUAGGUACACCUUAUUCAAUUUUCAUUAGACCCAAGAUCACGAUGGUUCGAGAGUAGGAUCACGAUCUUUACCGGAAUAUGGUGAUAUUUUCACAAUGAUAUCAAUGAUGCUACCUGGAACGGUGGGAGUGUAUUAUGGACAAGAGAUUAAUAUGAUUAAUGGUUUAGUCACCAAGCAGCAAAUGAAGGAUUUCUCGGGUGAAGGUACCAGAGAUCCUUGCAGACUUUUGAUGCAGUGGGAUGAUUCCAGAAAUGCUGGAUUUUCAACCAACAUUACGACGUAUCUACCAGUAAAUUCUGAUUACUUUCAAAAUAAUGUUGAAAUGCAAAAAUUACAGCCAGUCAGUCAUUAUAACUUGUUUAAGGAUUUAUCAACGUUAAGGCGAACGAACACUUUUAGAUAUGGAAAAUUUAAAAAUGAAGGUUAUUCUAGUACAAAUAUCUAUAGUUUAACCAGAUCACAUGAAGGUCACGUGCUCACAGUAGUAGCCAAUCUCUUUCGUACCUCGUCUCGAGUAAAUUUAACUGAAAUAUUGCAGAAUCACCCCGAUAAGAUUACCAUAGCUGCAGCUUCUGUAAACUCGGGAUACAAGAAAGGAUUUAAUAUAGAACACGAUUCGCGGGAUGAAUUUUACAUGAGACCAUUAGCAAGUGUGGUUUUGGAAACCUAUCAACCUCAUACUGCAAAUGAAGAUAGCACCAGCAGCCCUGACUUUUAGAAUUGGUACUUUAUUGAAUGCAGAUAUUUGAGGCAUUUGUGUUGGAAAACGUCAAUCUUUUCAUUACUUAAACUGUACAUAUAGGCCCUACAUAUGUAUGAAAUUAAAAAUAAAAUCUGUGAUUCUUUUCAAAUUUAAUAG